AUGUCAUGUGUUAGUGUGACAACAACAAAUAACAAUAAUACAACAAACAACGAAAGUAGUAGUAGUAGCAUUAGUAGUAGACAGUAUCCCAACAUCCAGCAACAGUCUUCUUCUUCGUCAUUGCCACAUGUCAAUAGCGGCAGCAUUGGCAACGCUACUUCCACCUUAGGAUCACCAACUACUUCACCAACACAUACUCACUCGGCCAUCGACGCCACUGCAGCAGCAGCAGCCGCCACCAAUAAAUCCUCCUCAUCAUCCUCCCCCUCCUCCGCCGCCGCUCACCAUUUUGAGAGCAGCAGUCGACCUCCAAGCCUCUCGCCAGAUCAGGCCGCUGCAUCACAAUACUAUCAGCAUCAACAGCAGCAACAACAACAGCAUCAUCAGCAACAGCAACAGCAACAACAGGUCAAUCACCAAAACUACAACUAUAUUUUCCAUCAGUCGCCGCACCAGACAUCCGUCCAGGCGCCACCACUGAGCCAACAACACUUUUUCGCAGUACCCAAGCCGGCUGGACGCUCCUCUCCCGCGCCACUCUACCACCAGCUGCACCAGCAGCCUCUUCCCCAUCUCCAUCUCCAUCAUCAACAGCAGCAGCAGCAAAUACAUCAGCAGCAGCAACAGCAACAGCAUCAUUUGCAACAGGCCAAACAUCAUCAUCUUUCACAACAACAACAACAACAUCCAUCGAUUAUAAACGACUUUGAUAUAACGACGACGACGAAUAGCGCGAUGGGUCCAAUCCCAAUACAUUCUGGCUCCACACCAACGCCCUCGGGCGGCUCAUCAUCCAGCGGCAGUGGCGGCAGCAGUGGCAGCGGCAACUCCUCCGCCACUUCGUCAAAUCAGCAACAGCCACAGCAGUUCGGCGGCCUCAACUCGUCGUAUGGCCAGCUGAGCAGCCUGUUGAGCCACUCGCAGACAAUGAACAUCCAGCAAAUCAUCAACGCAAGCUCGACACAUUACUACGAUGAUCAGCCCAUCCCGACGCAACCGACCGCGUCACACUACGAGGUGUUCCAACCAUUUGGUGGCUCUGGCGCGAGCGCGCAGCAGCACCAUCAGCAGCAACAGCAGCAUCAUGGCGCGGACGGACCGACAUCCACAUCAACGACUUCAACGUCGUCCACCUCGACCACGUCGGGCGGCUCGUCGUCCUCGACCACGUCGACUCCACACACUACCAGCGCGUCGCAUGGCGGCCACAUGUUUGUGAGUCCAUUCCUCUCACAGGUGACGCCCUCGAGCGACAUCUCCUCGCCGUCGCCACCCACGUCCUCGGCGUCACAUCACUCCUCACCGCUGCAGCAAUUCUCGCCGCUCACAUCGCCGUCGCAUCCAUCGGCAUCGAGCUCCUCAGUACACCAUCAUCCACUGCAUCACCAUCACAGCCACCACCACUCGCCUCUGUCUCCACUGAGCUCGGCGUCACACCAUCCGCUGCAUCCACACCACCAUCACUACCUGUCCAACCCCAACCUCAGCAUGCCCGUGUCAGUGGCCAUCAAUUCCAGCAGUCCAAGCAUGGCCAACAAGCGACUGAAGCGAGAUUAUGACCAGAUCAUCCCACGCGACGAGUGGGAGAUCUACUACCCGCCCUCUGGCAAGCUCUACUCUCUGUACGAUCAGAAGAAUGACCUGACUGGCGCGUAUGGAUUCAAGGUUAAGCGACUGGACAAGAACGUGCAGUACUCGGACUUGGACUCGGCGUGGAUAUUGUAUCGCCAGAACCGUUUCCAGGUCGACUGCGACCUCACUGGCUGCCUGGAGUCGUGGAGCAACACCGAUCGCUCCAAUCUAUUAUAUGUAAAUAACGAGAGCAACACGCUCAAUGAGGUGUCGGGCCUGUACUUCACGCUGUACGUGCUCAAGUUCUCCACGUCGCAGUCGACGCAGCACCCCAACGACCCGAACGAGCGCGUGCCCAUCCAUCAGCUGGGCAACUCGAGCGGCAAGAAGGACGGCCGUCUGCCCGUCGAGCCCUGUCCCGUGAUCAAGGGCAAGGCCAACUGGGCCAAGCUGCAGUUUGGCUCGGCCACUGCCAACAAUGCGCGCGUCCAUCCCGACCACCCCAACCCCAACCAGCAGUUCUUCCGCAUCGUUGUCACAUUGAACGCCGUUAUCGACACGUCCCUUCAUACUCCAAAUCCCGCGUUCCCACUGACCUCGUUCUCUGCGCCACCCUCGCCCUCGUCCCAGUUCUAUCCACUUCAGUCCAAGAUCUCGCCGCCACUGAUUGUUCGCGGCCAGAACCCCGGCCGAUUCCUCAGCCAUGACAAGUCCAAUAAGAAGGAUGGUGCGAGCAAGAAUAACAACAACAGUAGCGGUGGCGGCGGCAGCGGAUCAGGUAGCAGCAGUGGCGGCGUUGGUGGAUCGAGCAGCUCCGGAUCCUCAGGCAAGUCAGGUACCGGCGGUGGCUCGGCCACAGGAGGCAGUAUUGGACACCAAAACGCCAACACCAACACAAACAGCGAUGCCAAUGGAGAUAUCAACCUGGACGCCAAUUUGGAUGGCCUGGACGACGACUCGUUCGACCUGGAUGAGGAGAUGCUCCUGCUGGAGGAGUCGCUGAGCAAUGAUGAUCUUGCGCAACCCAUGAACAUGGACAGCAACAACACGAGCGGCGAAGGAGAUGACGAUCUGCCAGCGCUGCUGCGAUCCUCAGAGUCCUCGCUUCCACAAGACGAACUGUUUGACGACUGGCUUCCCCAGUCGCCCAGGUCCUCGCCCCCCCUCUCCCUGCCCUCGGACUCGAGCUUCAGCUUUGACUCCAUCCACAAAACACCUCUCUCGCCCCCACCAACCACGGUGGCUGAGGCAACGGCAACAGCCGAGCGGUCACUGGCGCGUCCACAGACGCCACCCAGCGACACUGCCAACGCAGCCGAAGCGUCUGAACCAAAGCCUCAGGUAGCAGAGACUCAACAACAGGCUCAAGUUCAAUCACAGAGCCAGUCAACAUCCUCAUUCCCUCCACCUCCUCCUCCUUCCUCCACUCAAACGUAUCGUGGACCAAUCAGCAUUGACUGUGACGCGAUAUCACUCAUCUCUUCCGAGCUCGCCCAAGAUGUACAUAACCUAUCCCAAUUGAGGCAACAGCAGCAACAGCAGCAACAGCAACAGCAACAGCAGCAUCAACUCCGCCAAUCCCAGCUGAGACAAUCACAGCAGCAGCAACAGCAGCAGCAACAACAACAAUUACGACAAUCACAACAGCAGCACCAACUUCGACUUUCACAACAGCAACAACAACAACAGCAACAGGCAAGACCAGCUCCAGUCAUGGGCGAGCCACUGUUCAAGACCGAGCCAUGGUCCAAGCCACCCAACGUCAACGACGUCAUAUAUACAUACUCCAAGGUGGGCAUCAACACGCCAAACCCAACACAGGCGUUGUCGGUCAAUGGCAACGUGCUGAUCACGGGUGAUCUGCUCAAGCCAUCGGACAAGCGCAUCAAGUCCAACAUCCAGCACAACCAAUCCGACCACUGGGCCAAGAUCGACAAGCUCAACAUCUACGACUACGACCGCAAGAAGAUGGUCGGCUACGACGCGCCCUCGUCCGGUGGCAAGCAGACGCAGCAGCAAAGCAACACGGUGCCAGAGGUUGGCUUUUUGGCGCAGGAGGUCCAACAGGCCAUCCCCGCAGCCGUUACCGUGGCCGGCGAGGUCAAGCUGCAGGACGGCACCGUGGUGCCCAACCUGCUGGUGGUCAACGAUCGCGUGCUACUCUUGGAGAACAUUGGAGCCACGCAACAGAUUGGACGCACACUCAAGAAGGAGCAAGACUACAUUAUCCAGAUGGACAAGAAAGUGGACCAGGCGACAAUGGAUGGAAGACGCGAGCAGCAUGCCCUGGUCAACAAGAUCCAGGAUGUUGUCAACUUUGUGCUCUCCGAGGAAGACCGCGAUGCCAAUCAAAACAGGAACUCUGUCGUAUAUUGCAGUCUGAUGGGCAUGGGUCAUUGUUGGACAUUGUUUGUGUUUGGAUUCUUCGUACCUCUGUUCUGGCUGUUUGGAUCCUUCUUCCUUUUCUCGCCCAGCAAAGUCAAGUGGGCUGGUGGCCUCGCCAACUUUAUUACAACUAUUGCCUUCUCAUUUUUAGCGUUGAUCAUGUACCUCUACCUCAACACGAUGGCCUGGAUGAUACUGUUCCCCUCACUGUCGGCCAUUGGCACGCUCUGUCUGGUGGUUGUGGGCUUCUUCCGUCACAGGACAUGGGAGCCCAAGAGCAACUACCUGCUCGAGCGCCUGAAGUUCAUCCAGAAGGACGGCUACAACAACCUCAACGAUCAACUGGAUCAGAUGCGUGUCGAGGGCACCGCCGAGGUGGUCGAUCGCACCCCCAUCGAGGAUAUGUAUUCACCGACCUAUGCCAUCAUGGAUGGUGUCUGUCCAGAUGACGACGACCACGACACGUGUGAGCAUAGCGAUGAGGAGCAAGGUCUGAUCGCCGAUCACGACCGCACCGUGCCCGUGCCCGCGCCCGCGCGCACCGCAACCACCAUCCACCAACAGAAGGAGUACCAACAGUUGAUGCAAGAGACGCCGCUCAACGCCUUGGCCAAGGAGUUCCGAGUUGUUUCCAAGGGUCACAAAAACAAGCAACAGUCGCCUUCUUUGCGAAACCAUGGUGGUGACGCGGCGGGUUACGGUGAAGGUGUUGGGGUUGGGGCUUCCGCCAAGUCAAAAGACAACAUGGACAAGCAGCAGCAAGUGAUGAAGCCAUUGGCCUCUGCUACUACUAGUGUAGGACUUACCAAGACACCAACCAUUGUCAAGACGCAGAUAUUCACAACGACUACAACAACUACGACUACAACCAUGGAGGAAUAA